AUGCGCCAAUGGGGCUCGUCGCUCCAUCAUAAUGGCGUUUCGUUCUUUCUCGCGACCGUUCCGGCUGGCACGCAGCUAUACCAUGGUGCCUCGAACCCGGGCGCUGUGAAUGGGACUGAGUGGCUAGCAUUUGAGCCCGAGCAUGCUAUGGUCUUUGCCCGUCCGCAUCGCGGUCCUCCGCCCAAAGGACCGGAGGAUGAUAUUGAUGAUAAGCCCGAGGAAGGAGAAAAGGAGUAUGGGCACCACGAAGAGUUGCGUCGCCGACAUGACCACGGCGAGACGCCGUUCGAGGAAAUGGAUGAGAAUGCAUCCGGGUAUCUCCACACCUACGCCGCCGCCAAGGAUCUUCGCCUCGUGUAUAUCGACGGGAUGUCAGCCGGGAAGACGAAGAAGGGGACACUGGACUCGCAGGAUUACAUCCUGUUCAACGGGACGAUCGACGAAUUUUCCGAAAAAGACAAGAAGAAGCCGCGCAAAGGGCCCGGUCCCGGCGGCGAGAGUGAUCGCGCGCUUAAGGCAUGCGAAAUGGCUAAAAAUGAAUGGGAGGGUAGCAUCGACGGGGUUCUUCGUAUGGAGGCGGGAUUCGAGAUUAUCCUCUGCUCUUUCGAGCGGGAUCUGUUCCCAAUCCGCACUACCCAUGUCAAGCAGGAUACUCACGAAUGGGGACCUGGAAAGGGAGGAUCGAAGCCGCCAGGACCUCCAGGCGGCGGACCUCCAAGAGGCGGCAAGAAGAGGAAGGUUCCUGGACCUGGUGGGCCUGGGCCGGAAUCGUCGCGGUGGAUGCGUGCUGUCACGUCGCGGUAUGAUAGUAUCGGAGGGAACAGGGUCUGGCUGAACUAUGAUAAGUUCGUCACGGCGUACUCGCACGACGUCGAUUUGUUCCCCGAGGGCUCUACAUUGCCUCGUCUAGCGAACCUUUUGACUUCCGAACUAGCAGCUAUCCGCGACGAACUCAGCUCUGUGAUUUUGCGUACGGAUCUCAAGGAGUCGUCUUGGGACUGGCAAGCCACGGUCGAUAUGAUCGUCACCCGAUAUAGUGAUGAGCUGUCGUAUCUGACUUCGGACAAGUUCUCCGAAAUCAAGGCUUUCCAUGAUCAUAUUGAGAUCCUCCUGUCGCCGUUCAUCGAUUACAGCGAGCGCAAUACCUUCGAGGAAGCAGAGCGAUGCGCCACGCAGUUCCUGCCUCUUCAGAUUCAGGAAGGGAAGACUACCGCUGCCAAGGCGGUGCACCAUGUUGCACACAGUGUGUGCAUGGCGUUGCUCGAGGCCUGGAACGAGGAUAAGCUCGUUCUAGCGCAGAACCGCGUCCGCUCUGUGAUCGAUUAUCUGGAUUGGACGACCUGGAAGGACCGCCGCGGUUGUCAAGAUAACGAGAUUUGCGUCGUCCCCAUCUGGCCAAUGGGCACAGUUGAUGGCUACAACCAGCCCAAGUGCAGGGAUGUCUCUCACCCGUAUAUGAAGGCGAUGAUGGGGAGAGCUAUUGGGGUGGAAUCUAUGGUUGAUCGUGUGGGUCAAAACAAUUUUAUUUGUUUCUACUAUGCUUUCGAACAGUAA